UUUCUUCACAUCAAAACCUACACAACUAUAUAUCUUUCCUUCAAGUGUCUUACAACCCAACUCAAAACUCUUCUUCAAUACUUACAAUAAGAGAGAAGGGAGUUGAUUAAAAGAGAGAAAUAGGACCGAGCGAGCGAGAUAUAUAAGCGUUCACUGAGAUAUAAGCGUGUGUACGAAUACAAAUACAUCGCAAAGAAAGAGAGGGGAGAGAGAGAUCGGUAUAUGUACAUACAUACACUGACUGAUAGAUAGAUAUAUAAGGAAAGAGAGAUGGAUGGUGUGGAUUAUGAAAGGAAGAAGGAGAGAUCAUUAGAGAUAACACCAUCAUGGGCAGUAGCAGUGGUGGUGUUUGUCAUACUUGCCAUUUCAAUUGCUCUUGAAUACAUCCUUCAUUACAUUGGCCAUUGGUUACAACACAAACACAAGAAAUCACUCCAUGAAGCCCUUGAAAAGAUUAAAGCAGAGUUGAUGCUUCUAGGGUUCAUAUCAUUACUACUAACUGUGGGUCAAGGACCAAUUUCUGAUAUAUGUAUUCCAAGUCGUGUUGCAAGAACAUGGCACCCUUGUAACAAGGAUAAACCCGACGAUUAUUACUAUGAUCCUUGUCUUAAAAAGGGAAAGGUGCAAAUGGUGUCAAACUAUGGGAUACACCAACUCCACAUAUUUAUAUUUGUCUUGGCUGUGAUUCAUGUCUCUUAUUGUAUUCUUACCUUGAUCUUGGGUAGAAUCAAGAUGAGGAAAUGGAAGGUUUGGGAAGAUGAAACGAAGACUGUUGAAUACCAGUACCAUCAUGAUCCAGAAAGAUUUAGAUUUGCAAGAGAGACAACAUUUGGACGUAGGCACUUGAGGUUUUGGAGUGACUCAACAAUUCUCCUAUGGAUCGGAUGUUUUUUCAGGCAAUUCUUGACAUCUGUAGCAAAGGUUGAUUAUCUUACCCUUAGACAUGGGUUCAUCAAUACACAUUUAACUCCGGAAAGUCAACAUCAGUUUGAUUUUCACAAAUAUAUUAGUAGAUCGCUUGAAGAAGAUUUCAAAGUUGUCGUUGGAAUAAGUCCUAUUGUGUGGUUUUUUGCUGUUUUGCUUCUUCUCACCAACACCCAUGAUUGGUAUGCAUACCUAUGGCUGCCCUUCAUCCCACUAAUUAUAAUCCUGUUGGUUGGAGCAAAGUUACAAGUGAUCAUCACAAAAAUGGGGAGAAGAACUCAUGAAAUGGCAGAUGUGGUGAAGGGUACACCCAUGGUUCAGCCAGGUGAUGAUCUCUUCUGGUUCGGUCGACCUCGGCUCAUACUCCUCUUGAUCAACUUUGUCCUCUUUCAGAAUGCAUUUCAACUAGCAUUCAUCUUGUGGAGUUGGUACACGUUUGGGUUUAAGUCUUGUUUCCAUCAUCGUAACGAAGACAUCAUAAUCAGAAUCACAAUGGCGGUCGUGAUACAGUUUCUAUGCAGUUACGUGACACUACCUUUAUACGCGUUAGUAACACAGAUGGGUUCAAGAAUGAGAACAACCAUAUUUAGUGAAAAUGUAGCAAAAGCACUAAAAACAUGGCACCACACAGCCAAAAAGAACAUCAAGCAUAGCCACCAUUCCGGCACAAACUCACCAUUCUCAAGCAGACCAGGAACCCCACUUCAUGGAAGCACAUCCCCAAUGCAUCUUUUGCAUAGAUACAAUGACAAUAGUCUUGAUAGUCUCUCAAACUCCCCGAGACGGUCGGGUUAUGAACACGAAGGUUGGGCUAACGAGUCUUCUUCAAACUACCACUACAAACAUCGAGAACCCGAAAACUUCACAAGAGACGAAGGGCCCGAUAUUGAAGAAGGUGAGAUUCAAGAGCCGGUCUCAAGCUCGACCCAGAUGCAGUUAGAACCGAGACCGAUUAGGACUCAACAUGACGUUGAUGUUACGGAUUUUUCGUUUGGUCAGGGUAAAUAAGUAUUAUAUGGUAUUCCAAAAUACUUGCACAACUAUAUAUAUCAUUAUUUUCGAUUUGUUGAACAUGUAAGUUUAAAUUUAAAUCAAUUGAGAGUUGAGUGAAGCAAUUUAUGCCAA